GCUUGAUUCUGUGAGGGAGGGAGGCUGUGGCUAUUUAAAGAGGGUUGUCAUCCAGUCACGGAUAAUUAAUAGAAGAGUUCCUCGGCUUUGAUUAUUCGUUUAAAUUUAUUCAUCUCUCGGUAAUGUCGCGUUAAAAAAAAACACUCGGAACCAGUCAGAGGGAGCAUCUCCACCGGAGCUUUUUACUGUCACCCUUUUAAUUUCAUCCUCCCCCGUCCCUGAUUAUUAUUUCUUUUUAACACAUGAAAAAUGGGCAGAGACUACUACAAGACGCUGGGGAUCUGUAAAGGAGCCACCGAAGAGGACAUAAAGAAAGCUUACAGAAAACAGGCGCUGAAAUGGCAUCCGGACAAAAACAAGUCCGCAGCCGCCGAGGAGAAAUUUAAAGAAAUCGCAGAGGCGUACGAAGUCCUGAGUGAUCCGAAGAAAAGAGAAAUCUACGAUCAGUACGGAGAAGAAGGUCUUAAAGGAGGAAAUGGACCCGCCCCCGACGGUCAGGGCUCCGCCUACACCUACACCUUYCACGGCGAUCCGCACGCCACCUUCGCCACCUUCUUCGGGGGUUCCAAUCCCUUCGAGAUGUUCUUCGGCCGCAAAGCGAACGGCCGGGACGACGAGGACAUGGAGGUGGACGGGAACGACCCCUUCGGCUCGUUCACCAACUUCAACCUGAACGGCUUCCCGCGGGACGGCCACGCCGGCCAGCAGCGCCGCAAGCAGGACCCGCCCAUCGUCCACGAGCUGAGGCUCUCCCUGGAGGAGGUCUUCCAGGGCUGCACCAAGAAGAUGAAGAUCUCCCGCAAGAGGCUGAACCCGGACGGCCGGACCAUGCGGGCCGAGGACAAGAUCCUCACCAUCGAGAUCAAGCGGGGCUGGAAGGAGGGAACCAAGAUCACGUUUCCCCGGGAGGGAGACGAGUCGCCCAACGCCAUUCCUGCCGACAUCGUCUUCGUCAUCAAGGACAAGCCCCACCCUCACUUCAGAAGGGAAGGCUCCAACAUCGUGUAUCCUGUUCGCGUGAGCCUGAGACAGUCCCUGUGCGGGUGCUCGGUCACCGUGUCCUCCAUAGACGGGAAGACGUCCAACAUGAAGAUCACGGACGUCAUCAAGCCGGGCAUGAGGAAAAUCGUAGCCGGACAGGGUCUCCCGCUGCCCAAAAACCCCGACCAGAGAGGAGACCUGGUGGUGGAGUUUGACGUGAACUUUCCCGACGCGUUGCCCGGGAACGCCAAGGACGUGCUGAAGCGGCACUUACCUACGUAAAACAAAGAACGCCAAGAGAAAGAAAAAAGAACUGACUGAGGAGACGGCGAAGGGAUGCGAGGACACGAGAGACACUUUUACACGAACGGUUCCGACGGCGCACAGAUGGACCCACAACUGAUGAAUGUGCAAUUUCUAAUUUUAGUUGUUAGUUGUUUUUUUUUUUUCUAAAUAUGAUGCAUGCUGCCGAGCUGAAACAAGCGGAGAACUGCUUGUGGUCAGACUGUUACGUGAAACUAAGCGGGCCUUUUGAAACAGAAACAUUUUGUCGGCUCGAAAAGAGGUGCCAAGAAUUCCUGGUGAUCUUGGGGAAACAAAAACAAAAACUUUUGUACCAAACCAAACAUUUUAUUUUUCGUCGUUAUCUGAUGGGACACUUUUUGAGCUGCGAUGGUUAAUUUAGCAGGUGUGGCUGUUUUUGUGUUACGCUAAUUAAGAAAACAGGCCGAAUGGACUCGACUAGUUCAAUGUGCAUUUUAAACUUUUACGUGAGAACUUGAAUAAAAAAAAAUCUAUAUUUUCACAUGAAGCAAACUGAAGCAGUUAUGAAGAUGAGAGGGCUUCUAAUUUAUGAUCGUUUAAUACAAUUGCUUAUAUAGGUUAGGAUUUUUGUUGAGUAGCAACAUUGCAACAAAAGGCACUUUAAAGCCCAGGAAAUUAGAUAAAUAUAUAUUUUGAAAGUUAAAAUGUGAACAUUUAGCUGUUGUAGAUCUUAUGCAGUUACAUUUUUUGAUGUGCAAUGAUAAAAAUAAAAAAAUAUUAACUAAA